AUGGACAACACCCAAAGCUCCAUCUGUUCUGCUGCCUCUGCAUUUCGCGCUACCCGGACUAUUCGCAACGCCUCCGAGAGUCCAUCACAGACGCCCACACUCCUCCAGGCCCGCAAAGACCCCGCCUUUCACGACUUCAUCCUUCUGGCUGCCAAAAUUCGCUCCACAGAUCUUCACGAAGCAGGCCACCGCGCUAACAUCAUACUCCAAGGCGGUUCUUUUCUUGCAGGCCAAGGCAGUUCCUUCACUGUCUACAGCCUACCGACGAGCAACGCCUGCAAUGGCUACCACCCUCGCUAUGUGGCGAUCAAAUCCCCUCGAGCUGCCCUUCAUGUCGAUAAGAACAGUCAGAGUUUCCGACGCCAGCUUCGUGAUGCGUAUUUCGAGCUACAAGUCCUUUCUCACCCUCCUUUGAGAGCCCACAACAACAUCGUAAAGUUGCUAGGAAUUUCCUGGGAGCCGAGUCCAGUCUCCCUCUCAGGCUUCCAGGGCCCAGAGACAUUCUGGCCUGUCCUCGUCAUCGAGCAUUCUGAAUAUGGUACUAUCCAUGACGUUUUCGAGGACAUCGAAGCGAGGAAUCCCACUUCACUGACUGUUGAAACAAAAGUCAAUCUCUGCCUAGACGUUGCACGAGGUUUAGAGGCUCUCCACCAUUGCGGCAUUGUGCAUGGCGACGUCAAGUGCGAGAACAUUCUCAUAUUCCGGCAGCCCCCCCGUACCACAGCUAAACUCGCCGACUUUGGCUGUGCUCUCUCAGAUGUCAAGAACAAGGCCGAGUUGAAGGGCCUUACAGAGCCGUGGGAUGCACCAGAGGCGCGUAAUACCCUGACAGGUCGUGGACUGAUGGCGACCGACGUUUAUAGUUUGGGGUUUACGUUGUGGAGAAUUUUAGGCGACGGAAAGAGCCCUUUCACAUCGGCGGUUGUUCUAGAUGCGAUGAAGGGCCAGAGUGUCAAAGAUUUCAAGAAGAGAGACGAGCUUUGGAAGCUAGCUUGUGUGGAUAUAGCGCAACGAGGAGACUUUAACGCAUGGAUGAACAUCACAGGAGCGGCAUCUAGUGGCUUAAAACAAAUUGAAUCAGUGUUUGAGAACACACUUCGAUACGAUCCUUUUCGUCGAAGCCUGAGUCACAGCGUGGAGCUGCUAACUCAAGCACAGAACCUCGUGUGUAAGGAAACAGAAGCGGGAACCAUGACGAAAGAGGAUCCUGACCUUACUGCGAAUCCAAAGAUUCCCGAUUGUGUUCGUGAUACACUUCGCAUUCUUGAACAAAAAAUACGCGACAUGGAGGAUCUUCCCGCAAAGUCCGAAGCACUACAACACAUUAAAGUCGAAACGCCAAACUUGAGCAUCGCGGACGAUUACAUGCAUCUCUUUAUAUCGCUCAAAAACCUCGAUGUCCGACUACGGAGGACCUUGACACAGAGUUUGCAGUUGGUACAGACCAAUUCACCAGAGGAGGAGAAAGAUAUCGGCAGAUUACUGUUCCUGUAUUACCUGGAAGUGGACUUCCAGCCAGACGAAGCUCUCAGAUGGCUUCUGGUUGCUGCUAAAUCAGGGGACAUCAUAACUCAAGCAAUCGUGUAUCGGAUGUUCCACGUCUUCAAUAAACCCAUUCCGGCUGACGUUCCGAUCCAGAGAUGGCUUUGGAAUGGCGCUAUUCGCUGUUCUACACUAGCGUUACAGGAUUUGCGGUCCGAAAACCCGGAAUGGUACAAGCAGGCGAAAAGUGCAGUAAAAGGCAAAUAUGGAGGUUUGGGUAUCGACAUUUAUCAAGAGUUUGAGGUGACGUUACGACUCCUUGCCUUUUUCGCCAAGGACCGCAGCAAUGAUAGCGAUUCCGACGAUGACUACCCUCUUGGUGUUGUUCGUGUUGUUCAAGACAAGUCUCCUGGUUGGCCCGGCGAAGUUAUAAGAGGCAUCGGCCAUGGUCGCUGUGACAAGUUCAGUCCAGAGAGGGGUGACUUCUGGGAACCGACGUGGACGGGACAACCCCAUCAGACGAAGAGUGGCGCCAUCUUAUACGGGUCCAAUCCGGAGCAAGCCUUUUUCAUUACAAUGAGGAUCAAGAAAGGCCAUAUGUAUAGCGUUAGUGGCUUUGGAGACACUAUCGUCCAUUAUGCUGCCAAUCGAGGGUUUCUUCAGCUUAUGGAGUUCGUCUGGGACAAGUAUAAACCAGACCUCAACGAUAAGAAUGUGUUUGGGGAGACGGCAUUGUUGCAGGCCUGCCGUGCAGGCCAUGCUAAGAUCGUAUCAUUUCUGCUGGACAAGGGAGCAGAUGCGAGUGUUACUUCUGCACGUGGAGAGACACCGCUACACUGGAUAGGAAACGUGGAACAAGAAGAGAUGCCAGGGCUAGUCUCUCGGCUGAUUACUGGCGGUGCAUCUCCUGCGACCCGAGCAUCAUAUCCGGAUGAGCUUCAGCGGGCAUGUGGCAUCGAGCCUCAGAUCGGGGCUUCCAUUGAAAAUGGUAACGCCUUUAUGUGGUCUGUCGCGCGAGGCGACUCUGCUGUCGUCAAGGCCCUUCUCGGCGACAAGUAUGGCCACAAGCCUGAUGAGUUCGAUGCUAUUUGGUCCGCUGUCAAGUUAGCCUCGGUCUACUGUGAGGUAGACUGUCUGUCGAUGCUAAUCAGUCGUGCAAAACACUGUCAAAAGGGGGUCCUCAACCCGGAGUCAGUCUACAGAUGUCUCCGUUCUGCCAUGACCAACGAUUACUGUCGACGACUCCACCGCUUAUUACGCCACGGUAAGGAGUGGAUGAAGGCUUUCCGAUUGACUGUGGUAUGUCUCGAGGAAGCGGGGGCGAGUCCUCGACCUCAAGGCUAUGACUGUGGAUCAGGGAUUCAAGAUAUGACUGUACUUUUUCAAGCUGUGUCGUCAUUCUCCGACAUAGAGAUGAUUCAGCAUCUUCUUAACUCCGGCUGGGGGAAAGAACUCUCAAUAUCCUGCCUUCGUAUAACUCCAACAAUCCGCGCGAUGUGCGAAGAGAAUCACGAGCUCUUUGAGCUUCUGCUUCAAUACGAUGGCAAUGUGUUUGACUCUCAAAUUCUGGACUUCGGAGACGGCCCGAUCGUGCAUAACGCCUACACUUGGAUUGCAUCCUCGACGCGAUCCAACCUCCGCAUUGUAGAACGGCUUCAGGGACUGGGAGUCCCAUAUGUAGAAAACGAGCUGGCCAGUUUCAGCUGGCUACUUUCUUCCUGGAUUCCUAUGAGGCGAACAUAG